CGCGUGCCCAGCUUUUCGGCGGCGCGCUUCCUAGUCGCUUUGUAAAAGCCAAUUAGAAAAUGGCCGCCGCCGCAACCGUGAUGAACGAAAUGAGAGACGAAGAGGAGAGACAGGUUCUUAAAAAAACAGAAUCACCAGUUCCUGUUUUGAUGUGACAUGUGACUCCCCCAAGCAGAUCUUGCCAUCUUGCUUCUGUAGAUCAGCUCCAUCAGGAUUCCAUGGUAGCUGUGAUGUUAGGGCUCAGGGAAGAAAAGUCAGAAGACCAAGAUUUACAAGGACUUAAAGGCAAACCACUGAAAUCCAAAAAGGUGAAAGAUAAAAAAGAAGAAAAAGCAGAGGAAAAGGAAAAGCAUGAAUUGCCACAUGCUUCUUCACAUCAGUUUGAGCCAAUGGAAGGAGGGAAAGUAGAGACUUCAGAUAUAGUCAGAGCAGCUCCCACUGUUUCUGAAACCUCUGCCUUCCCCAAACAAAGACGUUCCAUCAUCAGAGACAGAGGACCCAUGUAUGAAGAUCCUACCUUACCUGAAGGCUGGACCCGCAAACUUAAACAGAGGAAAUCAGGUCGUUCAGCUGGGAAGUAUGACGUGUAUUUGAUCAAGCAUAUGAUUUUUCCCCGAAGGACUGCUUUAACAGCAUCCCAGAAAUUUUGUCCCCAGGGAAAAGCCUUUCGUUCCAAGGUGGAAUUGAUUGCAUACUUUGAAAAGGUAGGCGACACAUCUUUGGACCCAAAUGAUUUUGAUUUUACAGUAACUGGGAGAGGAAGCCCUUCCAGGCGAGAACAAAAGUCAUCCAAGAAGCCUCAAACUACUAAGGCUUUGGGGCUAGGUAGAGGGAGAGGAAGGCCCAAAGGAAGCAGCACAGGAAAAUCUAAGGCAGAUGAUUCAGAAAAUGUUCAUAUUAAAAGGGUGAUUGAGAAGAGCUCUGGGAAGCUCCUGGUCAAGACUUUUCAGCCUUCACCUGGAGGGAAGGAAGAAGGAGUUGGGGCCACCACAUCUGCCCAAGUCAUGGUAAUCAAACGACCUGGCCGGAAGCGAAAAAUUGAGACAAAUCCCCAAGGCAUUCCCAAGAAAAGAGGCCGCAAGCCAGGGAGUGGGAUGGCAACCACUUCUGCUGAGGUCAAAAAGAAAACAAUUAAAGAGUCUUCCAUCAGCUCAGUGCAAGAAACUGUGUUGCCCAUCAAAAAGAGGAAGACAAGGGAAACAGUUAGUAUUGAAGUAAAGGAAAUGGUAAGCCCCUUGCUUUUGUCAACAAUUGGAGAAAAGAGUGGCAAGGGACUAAAAUCUGGGAAAGGUUCUGUUUGUAAAAGUAAAGAAAGCAGCCCCAAAGGGUGGAGCAUCAGUAGCACCUCACCUCUGAAAAAAGAGCACCAUCAUUAUUUAGAAUCACCCCAGGCUACCUCAGCAUUGCUCCCAUUAUCUCCUGAGAGUUCUGAGGCAAACGGAAGCUCUUCUCAGUCCAAGGACUUGAGCAACAAAGAUGAGAAGAUGCAAAAAGAACAGCCUGAAAGUGACAGCUGUAUAAAAGAAUCCAUUAAAACACAGCCUGCUACUGCACCUAUAGAUAAAUAUAAACACAGGGGAGAAGGAGACCAAAAAGACAUUGUUUCAUCUUCUAUGCCAAAGCCUAGUAGAGAGGAUCCUGUGGGCAGUCGGAUGUCUGUAACAGAGAGAGUUAGUUGAUUUUAAGUUACAUAGAUUUAAAAACAAAAAAUAAAGGCAGCUGUUUCAUCUUAUGGGUAGGACUCUGACAAAGCUUUCCAAGUUAACUGAAAUAAAAAGUUUGUGUUUUAGUUUUCUCAGCACAUUUAGAAUUUUAUGGUUUCUGGGUAGAAAUAAUUGUGGAUGUUUCCUUUAUUGACAAGCACAGUCAAGUUGAAGACUUAAAUCAAGCCGGAAGCAGCUUUGCACUUUUGUAUAAUAGUACUCUGUACUACCAACUAGUAUAAUACUUCAAGUAUUUUGACAUAUGCCAAUUCCUGUUCCAUUAUUAAUCAUCUUAAGAAUAGGGUGGAAUAUGAGUUGUCAUUUGAAACAUAAUAAAUUAGGUCAGUGGAACUUGUAUUUUUAGCAUCAGUAAUGUCCAGACCUGAAGUUUUUUUGUUUUUGUUUUUUGCAGGGCAGUGAGGGUUAAGUGACUUGCCCAAGGUCACACAGCUAGUAAGUGUCAAGUGUCUGAGGCUGGAUUUGAACUCAAGUCCUCCUGAAUCCAGGGCAGAUGCUUUAUCCACUGCGCCACCUUAGCUGCCCCCAACCUGAAAUUUUAAAACUUGGGGGAUGAAAAUUAAAUUUUAAAGAAAAUAAACAGUGACAUAAAGUCAGACCAACAGUAAUUAAAGUAAAGCAAACCUUAUUUGUUCUCUUCUUCCUCAGAAUUUUUCACAAAUGAGUGGAAACUUUUUUUUUUUUUUAAACCUUCAUUUGGUGCCCUCAUCAGAAUAGGAUUUUUGAUGAGCCACUAGACAUUAUGAGUUGACCUAGAAGAGUGCCUGGAAGCCAGGUGUGAUUGUUUAUCUGUUCAAUAGAUAUUUGGAACUUAAGAAAUCCAGAAUAGAUAUAAUAUUAUGGGAAUAUAUGUAACAGGACCAUAUAUAAGCUUCACUAGCGCUUAUAAAUGAAUUCCAUAAAGAAAUGGUUAAAAUAUUUUGUGGAAAUAAGCAUCAAGAGCAGAUUAGGGAAGAAGGGAAUAAUAGCAAUUUAUGGAACAGUGGUCAACUUUACAAUGAGAAUAAAGUUCUUUCAGUUCUUUUCGAAGUCUACUUGUACUAUUUUUCAUAUUUCCCUUCAAAACAAAUCAACAGAUGCUCUGACAGAAAACCUACCUAACUGAACAGCACGUCAUUGUCAUUUAAGCUGAUUGUAUUCAGGUCUUAUAUUUGUAUAUAUUUGCUAAUUAUGUUAAAGCAGAAUAAAUACAUGGAGUUCCCAUGAUGCUUCAAAAUUCUUAAAUAUUGGCUGCAGUUUUAUAGCAUUAGUCAAAUUCGUUUUCCUUUUUUUUUCCUUUCUAUUUGGCUUCAGUGAGGGUCUUUUUGGUUAGUUGCACUCUAAGCAGGCAGGAAUUCCCUACCUACUUCUAUUCUAUGGGACUUUGUACUUGAAGCCUGACUGGCUUAUUUGGAUAGAUAGAACCUAGUUUUCAUUCCUAGUCCUCACAUUUUCAGUACGCUGCUUGUAUAAUGGAAAAAUUAGAGUAACACCUUCAUUCAGAUAGUCUCUGAUUAUGGCAUUAUUCAUCUUGUGGAAAAGAAGUAGAAAAAGUCAAAUGUGGAAUAAAUUGGACUUUGCAUUGGAAAUAAUAAAUAAGGUUGUACCCUAUUAAGUUAAGAUGUUUAGAAGGUCAUUGUAUAGAUGUCUACCUUUGUGUUCGAAAAUGUUUUGUUUAUGACUUACUAAACAGAAUCACCAUUAGGUAGAAAAGUGGACUCUUAAAUAUAUUAAUUAAAAGUUGUCACACAUACACAUGGACAUGCUAGACAUAAGUACUAAACAAACUGAUGAACAUGUAAUGUGACUUUUAGCUAUCUAUGUUUCAAUUCUUUAGCAUCUUUUUAUAUUGUUCAUGAAUGGUUGAAAUGUAAAGAAAUUGAAGUGUUUUCCUUGUGUAAUUUUUUUUCUUUGCUUUUGAUUCUUCUGCAGUGGAAAAGUAAUUGCCCUUAGAAAGGGUAGCCUUUUUAACUGUCUACCUUUAUUCCCUUUCUUUAUUCUUUUUCCCAUGGCUGUGGGGGUUAAGUGACUUGCCCAGGGUCACAUAGCUAGUAAGUGUCAAGUGUCUGAGGUUGGAUUUGAACUCACAUCCUCCUGAAUCCAGGGCAGGUGCUUUAUCCACUGUGCCACCUAGCUGCCCCCUCCUUCAUUCUUUAAGGAAAAAAAUCUAGACAUGUUUUAAGACUUUUCACUUUUAUUCCUUAAACAUUGAGUUAACAUUAUCUUUCAAAAGGACACCUACUUCUGCACUUUAAUUUUUCUCUUUCAAAACUCUCCAAUAUUGGGAAGAGUUCUUAUUUUUUAUUUAUUAGUAUAGCUUUUGCUUAUUUUUAAGAUACUCUUAUCCAAAACUUUAAUCUUAUGUCAACACUUAUUAUCAGUGAUUCAGACCAGUAUCAAAGUAUUGAAAUUUGUGUUUUUAGAAAAAGGCUUUUCAAGUUGAAUCCUUUACUCUCCCCCCUGAGUGGGACAAAAUGACCACCUACUCAAAAUAAAUACCUGGAGUCAGAGAGUGGAAGUAGAAAAGAAAACAAAAUUUCUUUCUUUCUCAAGAAAGGGCGCAAACCUGAAUAUGGCAAGUGCUCUGCACAGGUUCAGAAGAAAACCGUAUAUACAUUCCUAAUGCACCACCCCCUCCGACCCCUGUCUGACUCCCAUUGGCUGUUUGUCGAGACUGUACCAUCUACACAGAACAUCUAACCCAAUCAAGAGAACAGGGGAUGGAAAGUUAUAUAACAAGAUGCAGGUGUCUCUGAAACUGAACAACAAAAACAGGGUGCAAGUGUCCCUGAAGUUGAAUAACAAAAAACAGGAUGCAGGUGGCCCUAAAGUUACAUUAAAGAAACAGGAUGAUGAUGUUCCUAAAGUUAAGUAACAAAAACCCAGAUAAACACAAUACAAUCUGAGAAAAAAACACUUUCCCCCCAUCUCUCAUACCUCCCCUCCCCCAUUUUCCUUCAUUUCUCUGUUUCUGGUUUCUUACUCUUUUCCUUUUUCUUAUAUUUUCUUAUAUUCCUUAUGUCUCUAGUUUUAAAAAAAAAGAUCAUAAUCCAGUGGCCUUUCCCAGAAUUGUGUUUUGUGUGUCAGAUCAAAACAAUGCCAGGAGUCCUGCUUGGUUAGAGAUUAUAGAUUCUCUGUCUCAUUUCUCUUUGUACAUACACAUAUAUGUACAUAUUGUGGGGCACUUCCUCACUAGUUCUUCAAAUACUUUAAAUGUCUUUAAAAGUUAACAUGCAUUUAAAUUUCAUUUCUCCACUAAUGCUUUACUAAAGAGUGCAAUUCUAAAAGUAUCAUUAGAUGGAGUAAAAAUACAUAUAAGAUUACUAAUAAGCAAGGUUUCAUAUUGAUUUUUAUUUUGGUUAAUAGAUUCUUUGAAACCCAUGGCUUUUUAAUCAAUAAUUCAAGAAUUCAUUUGGAUUUAUAUAAAGUUAGGAAAAGGGGUCUUUUUUUUUUAAUCUCUUUGGAGUAAGCUUUUCAAUCUAACUUGCUUUCAGGAGGUUAAGAUCAUUUAAAGUUUCAGUCAGUGAAAAAGUGGAGAAAUGAUACUUAAUGGGAUGUUUAUUAUCAGUUGAGACACUUACAAAGCACUCACUUAGCAUAGUUACCCUGUACAAAGUAAAUGCUUUAUAAAUGUUAAUAAUUGCUAUUAAAGACAAGUAAGGUCCUCAGAUAAUCUAGUAUUCAGGAAAUACCCUCAGUGUCUACUAGUGUUUUACAGAGUGUGACUUAAUAUUGCUUUUCUGAGCAUUAAAAAUCUAAAUAUACUUUGAGUAAGAAGUUACCAAGUUCCUAAAAAUAGUUUAAAAGUAACUGAAAUCCAUAUACCUUAUUCUAUACUUUAUUCUAGCCUGAUCAUUUUAAAUUUAAUUUCUUUCUGGGCCUCUUCCUUCUUCUAAUUAUUCCUUGCUACUGAUGUAGAGAGGUGAUCAAGAGGGCAAAGAAUGAUUUUCAUACAGAAAGUUUUGGGUGAUUUUAGAAUGCUAUUGUAUUUGGAGAACAUAGAACACCUUAGAUUUAUUUACAUGAGAUUUUGUGCCAAAAACUUAGUUGCCUCUUUAAGUUUCAGUUCUCAGCAUUUCUAAUACCUUCUUACAUAAAUAAGACUUAGAUAAGACUAGAAACUCAUGAAUUGGUGAUUUCUUAGCGAUGGAAAAUAAUUCAUCAGGAUAUCAAAUUUGAAUUUAUAAAUAUUUCUAUUAUAUUUUGCUCUGUAUUGCUAUGUAGAUGUUGAGGUGUGGUCUCUUGAUUUACAGUGACUUGUAUUGAUUUGCUUGUUAGAAGUCUAUCAACCUAUCAAGCUUAUGCAUAGUAAUUCUACAAUAAUUUUAAAAGUCAGUUUUGUCACAACUAUUCCUUAGAUGAUUUAUUGAAUCAAAACUUUUUGAUGAUAAGCUUCAUCAAAAUUAACUGCAUGUCCUUGAAUGGUAAUUUGUUGGCAAUAGCCAAUGGAAUUUGCCAAUAAAAUUUGCCAGUGGUUUAUCUUUGUUUUAUAAAUAAGGAAGCUGCCUUAGAAAAGUCGAUUAAUUUAAUUUGCAGAACUGGUUUAGUAAUGCAAUCAGCACCAAGCCUGGUUUCCAAAUGUGUUUUCUGUCUUCCAAAAAUUAUGGCACUGAACAAUUACAAGCUGAAGUGAAAGAGGAAAGCCUAAUACAGUUAAAGUCUUGAGGUAGCAAGUAGAAUUAGGUCCAUUGAAGAAUAAUCCUUCCAAAUAUCUAGAAAUUGUGCCAUGCUGACCUGUAUAUGUACUGAUUUCUUCAACUGCCUUCCCAUCAAACAAAUUUUAAUGUGAUUUAUAGUAAUGUCAAGGGGGAACCCAUUGGUGGGGGUCCUUUAAUAUUCCUCUUUAAAGAAUUACACUCUUUCACACACAUCCAAUUAGAAUAAAAUAGAGAAAGCCACCAAGGGGAGAUGGUUCAGAGAGACCUGAUUCUCUGAGAUACCUAUGUCCUCAAAUGAGAGGUAGUGGUCCAGACUUGCAGAGUUAUCUCUGUCCCCUGGCACUGAUCAGGCAGCAGGCACUCCUAAUAGGGGCUUAUCUCUCUUACAGUUUAAACUUUAAUAGUCCCAAAUUCCUUGCUAUGUCCCAAUCCCAUAACAGUAUCUUGCUUAACCUUUUUUUUAAUUUAAAGGAAUUUUGAAUAUUCCAGAUUUAACACUUUAUUCAUAGUGCCCAAUUUAAUUCAGAUUAUGACUGUUAUUGUUUAAUCAUUAUUACCAAGAUCAUGACAAACAUUGGUUUUUUUUUUUGUUUUUUGGUGAGGCAAUUGGGGUUAAGUGACUUGCCCAGGGUCACACAGCUAGUAAGUGUCAAGGGUCUGAGGCCGGAUUUGAACUCAGGUCCUCCUGAAUCCAGGGUCAGUGCUCUAUCCACUGCGCCACCUAGCUGCCCCCCAAACAUUGUUUUUUAAUUUAAAAUAGUGAGUUCCAGAUUUUAUUCCUCCUCUUCCCCUUCCUAAGACAGUGAGCAGAUAUAGAUUCUACAUGAAUAAUUAUGCAAAACAUUUCCAUAUUAGUCAUUAUGUGUAAAAAGCCCCAAGUAAAAAAGAAAGAAAGUGAAAAAAGGCAUUUUUAAACUACAGAAAUAACUAAUACAAAACAAAGCAUAAUUUGAGAGAUUCAGGCUCAUUUUCUUAAUUCUGCCUUAUAUUUGCUCUGUCUAGACUGGUCAGCUAUAAUCUCACUCUUUCCUUUUCCCCCACUCUCUUUUUCUGUCUCUGUCUAUGUCUCUGUGGCCCCCCCCAUUCUUCCCCUGCAUUCCCCAGGUUAUGAAAGGGAUCUUUUAGAACUUUUUGUUGUUGAGUCAUUUUUCAGUUGCGUCUGACUC